AUGACUUCUUCUUCUUCUCCUCCUUCUUCUUCGCCUCAAUGCCCCCAGGUCAUAUUCGGGGCGGGCUUCUUCGGCAAUGCCGAACCUUUCAUCAGCGACGAGGGCCUCACGGCCACGUAUGACCUGAUCUCCCAGUACGGCGUCACACGGCUCGACUCGGCGCAGCUGUACGGCGAGAGCGAGCGGCGGUUAGGGGAGACCAAGGCGGGCGACCGGUUCGCGAUUGACACGAAGUGGUUGAUGGGAUGGAGUCCUGGGAAGGCGACCAAGGACGGCAUCGUCACGGGCGCGCAGGAGAGUGUCAAGAAGCUCGGUUGCGUGCCUGACGUUUUCUACCUACACUGUCCCGACGUGAGCGUCCCGAUCGAAGAGACACUAUCCGGCGUCAACGAAGCAUACAAGCUCGGUCUGUUCAAGCGAUUCGGCCUGUCCAACUACCCGACGGACGACGUGGUCGCGAUCUACGAGCACUGCAAAGCCCACGGGUACGUGCUGCCCAGCGUGUUCCAGGGCAACUACGCGCCCGUGGCGCGCAAACUCGAAACCCUCUUGCUCCCCACGCUCCGCCAACUGGGCAUCGUGUUCUACGCCUACUCCCCGCUCGCGGGCGGGUUCCUGACCAAGACGAAGCAGCAGAUCGUCGACGGGGCCGGCCGCUUCAACACCGACUUCGCCGCCGGCAUGUACGACCAGAUGUACCUCAAGGAGUCGUACCUGGCCGCGCUGGCGCUGUGGGAGGACGUGGCGCGCGAGCAGGGCUGUUCGCGCGCCGAGUUGGCGUAUCGCUGGGUCGCCUACCACAGUGCGUUGCGGGCCGAGCUGGGCGACGGCAUCAUCAUCGGUGCCAGCAAGUUCGAGCAGAUCGAGCCGACCCUGCAAGGGCUGCAGAGGGGGAGGCUGAAGGACAGCGUGGUCAAGAGGAUCGAUGAGGUGUGGGAGACGGUCAAGCACGAUGCCCCCAUGGAUGCCUUUGCCAAGUAG